AUGCCACCCAAGAAGAAAUUCAAAUGUAAGGCACAUGAAAUUUCAUUUGAAGACGUUGAUACAUCAACAGAUGAUGAAAAUCAAGAUGUGUUUCUGGUUCCACCUAGUCCUCAGAAACCGCAUCUGCAACACACACCAUGGCUUACCAAAUACGCGCCCCGAACUACUUCGGAAAUUUGUAUCAAUCCAACCAAAUUGACACAAGUAAAGAAUGCAUUAUACAGAAUGAAGACGCGUGAACUGAAAACUAAAGUGUUGGUUCUCGUUGGGCCGUGCGGAUCCAGCAAAUCGACUACAAUUAAAUUACUUGCUAGAGAGAUAAACAAUGCUGACGUCUUUGAUGACAGGUUGAUUGAGUACGACGAAUCGGAAAACAUUACCCAGUUUCUACAAAGCUGUAAGUAUAAGACACAGGCGGUGGUGUUAAUCGAGGAGCUACCCAAUGUCUACCAUGAGGACACAUUGAGGGAAUUUAGAGACACUAUUAAGCAUUGGAUAUUUGCCGCAGUCGCAUUACCUCCAUUGGUGAUUUGUAUUAGUGAAUUUGAAUAUGAAUCUGAUAGAACACAAUUUUUUUAUGGGCUUGAGAAUAACAUGACUAGUGAUACGUUAUUGGGUCGCGAGUUAUUGAGUUAUCCAGAAGUAGAAACUAUUCGGUUUAAUCCGCUAGCGACUAGGUUUCUAAAAAAAACGGUAAAUUCGAUCUUGAAAAGUGAGGGUUUAACCAAGAUACUGAAUGAUGCCAAAUUUGAUUCAUUUCUUCUGGAGCUAUUCAAAGUUGGUGACAUAAGAUCCAUUAUCUUGAAUUUGGAAAUGUGGGUUAAAUUUUACAAAUCUGGAGUUGAUUACAACCGAGAAAAUGCCAUUGGUAUAUUCCAUGCUAUAGGAAAAGUGAUAUAUUCAAGUAAGAAGUUUGAAGGUGAUGUCCAAACAACAAAUAAUAAAACAGUUACCCAGGUCAUGGAAAUGUUGCCCGAAAAGAAUUUGAGCUUGUUAAAUUUGGGUUUGUUGGAGAACUAUCAUAUAUAUCAAGAUUCGAGCUUUGAUUUGUCGAUUGCAGAGAGUAUAACCAACGAUUUGAGUUUAAAUGAGUUAUCUCCUUUUGGGGAGGUUGGAGUACGAUCGACAAGACUUUAUCUAAGCAAAGCUGGUCCCAAAUCCUCCACUUCAAAACUCAAAAUGAAAUUUCCGCGUCAUUUUAAAGUAUUGAAAGCUAUGAGAAAAACAAACACUCGGCUAAACGAAUAUCGACGAUAUGUAUCACCAGAAAGCUCAAUUGAAAAUUUGAACCUAAUUGAUGGGUACUACUUGCCACUUAUAUACAAUAGAAAACGUAAGACACGAUAUCGAUACAAUCGACUCGGGGGCAAGCUACACAAAAUUUACGCCGAUGACGAUGUUGUUGUGGACGAUUAUCAGACAAGUCACGAAUAUGACCAAUUUCAAAAUGACAUUGACCUCUCGGUUAACCGGCAAGAGGGCGAUGACAAAAGUGACGCUCUUAGUGAUCAGAUAGAGGAAAGCCCAUUUGAAGAUUCUGAUGAUGGCUUUGGAUCAGACACAGAGAUAGAUUUAUUAAUUUCUCAAGGAAAAUUGUAA